GCUGUUGCGCGUAAGUUCUUCACUCUCUCUUUCCUGUUUCCGGCAGACAUGGACGAUGACAGGAUCUCGCACGUACCGAUAGAACUUCUUAUCCAAAUCUUCUGCGCGCUCACUUACAAGGAAAUACUCACAUGCAGACUGGCAUGCAAAUUCUUUGAUACGGUCAUACGGAACGAUGCUCGUCUCCAGUACAAGAUACAGCUGGGCCUGAAUGGGCAGCAAGACGGGCCUUCGACCAACUGUCUGAACGUGCAUGAUCGUCUACUCAUCCUGAAUGAAUACCAGGCUGCUUGGGACCAGUUGCGCUUCGAUCCUAUGAUGAUUGUGGACAUGGAGUCUGAUCGCAUUUGGGAAAUACGCGGAAACGUACUAUCACAGGCGAGUGAGGAAUCGCUGGUCUUUGUGCAACUUCCCUCGCGCGUACGUAACAUCGAUGAACGAAGAUGGUCGUUGAACCGUGUUCAUAUACCUCUUCGUGACUAUGCUUUCGAUCCGGCCCAGGAUCUGCUCAUUCUUGUGGAGAGCCACGGUGACGUGCACUUCAGAGAUUACGAGCAUCACAUACAUCUGCGCACGUUGAGCACAGGCGAUGCCCAUCCUUCGGCUACCAUCACUAAGAUAGUCUGUUCGCGACUGGUUUACCCCAUUAGCUAUGAGAUACGUAUCUCCUCAGAGUAUCUUGCCGUUGGCUUUUAUACAGGUGCAAUGAAUCCUGAUAACUUACUCUGCAUCUGGAAUUGGAAGACGGGCGAGCGACAGAUGGAACUCCCUGGGGCAAUUCUGGCAUACGCCUUCCUGACCAAGCACCAUAUCAUACUCAUUCGGAAACAGGCCGAUGCUGAACUUCUCAUUCUUGACCUGAGAAGCAUCUCACCGUGUCUGGAGUCUCCAGUGGACGAAGUGGAAUGUAUUUGCACUUUCCGCUUUCCUACUCUCAAACAAGACAAGUCUAUUGACUAUGCUGACAUUCGAUCGGAGCCCACCUUUGACUGGUCCCCCGAUCCUGCUCUUGCUGUACCCUUCCAUGUUUCAUCCGAACAAAGACUUUUCGUUGUCACCAUGCGGACCCAGGAUUUUGAAAGCUCAAUCACCUUCCUGAUUCCACGUGAUACCCUGUUACGCCACUUCCACGACGUGCCAGACCUUCCCCCGAAACACCGGGUGGAAUGGAACGAGUGGGGACCGAAAGGCGCUAGGGCUAUGCGCACUCCCUCGGGUCAUUCCUCUAGCUGGCUCCGCAAUGUAUACGGCAUGAGAUUCGUCUUUAUGGAGGAGGGCGACAAUUCCUCCGUCCUCGUAGCUGAUUUCAAUCAGGCAGCUUUUCGAAAGGCGUUGUUCAACGAGGAAACUAUGUCUGCCUCAUCCUACUCGUCUGAACACCCUCAACGUAUGAAACUCAUGAUAGAAGCAACUACAUUGGAUGGAUCUUGGUCCAUGUUUGUAAAUCCGGUCAUCACUUCGUUGCCGUUUCGCUAUGCCAAUGUGCCUUUGCCUCCUGAUGACGAAAUAGGGUAUGAAGCAGCGAUGGUUAGCGAAGAUUCGAUCAUUGUUGUGGACUUUGACAUGACGGAGAAGACAAGAUACUACGUUCUGAGCAUUUGAAUCCUGCUCGUCAAAAAAGCUGGUUUCUCGUUCUGAUUAUCACUCCUUCGCGCCUUACACUCUUAACUUACAAGAUAUGCUUUCCCCCACGGACCCGAACCAACGCCGGAUAUUCUCGAUAGCAUCAGUCCUCGGGAUUUGACAGCGUAUAACGAUUCUAGCAUAUGCACCUUGUAUAUGUAGACUCUGCAUGCAUUUGCGUCAAAAGUGUCUUCCAUUUCACGCCUGAAUAUGAGACUCGAUCAGGUUAGUACGGCGAAGGCAGGACAGGGACUAUUACUCCACGCCACUCUGAGAUAUGCAUCAACCACCAUCCCCCAGUGGGCUGCAGGCGUCGUUCGAGCUUGCACACAUAGUGUUUUCUUGCCAAGUGCUCUCUUACGAUUCCGCCCUGUCGAUGGCGGGGAAAUCCCUGUCGGUUCACGUACUUAUUACGGCAACUCAAAUUUGUCUUCGAUACGCUUUACACCAUUCAAAAUGCUUCGAUGACAAAGGUAAUUU